GUCUGUCUGUCUGUCUGUCUGUCUGCAGACUCUGUCAGGCUGGUGAAUGGGACCAGUCUGUGUUCAGGCAGACUGGAGGUGAAGACUCACCAGUCUAACCAGUGGUGGUCCUCAGUGUGUGAAGCUGACUUUGACCUGCAGGAUGCAGAGGUGGUCUGUAGAGAGCUUGGCUGUGGGGCUCCUUCAGUCCUCCAGGGGGCGCUCUAUGGAGAAGUGGAGGCUCCAAUGUGGACCAAAGAGUUCCAGUGUGGAGGCCAAGAGUCUGCUCUCCUGGACUGUAGAAGCUCAGGCUCAGCUAGAACCACCUGCUCACCUGGUAAAGCUGUUGGACUCACCUGCUCAGAGCCAUUCAGGUUGGUGGGACGAGCCAGUCGCUGUGCAGGUACACUGGAGAUGAAACAAGGAGAGUGGAGACCAGCGGGUGUCUAUGACUGGACCCUGAAGGCAGCAGCUGUGCUCUGUAGACAGCUGGACUGUGGACCUUAUCUUUCAUCUGCACGCAGAAUGGAGUUGUCAUGGAGGUCUGCAUGGAGUAUCAGCUCUGACUGUGUUCAGUCUGGAUAUGCUCUGAAGGAUUGUUCAUCAUCACGUUCCUCUUCCACCAUCCUGGAAAUCAUCUGUUCAGACUCUGUCAGGCUGGUGAAUGGGACCAGUCCGUGUUCAGGCAGACUGGAGGUGAAGACUCACCAGUCUAACCAGUGGUGGUCCUCAGUGUGUGAAGCUGACUUUGACCUGCAGGAUGCAGAGGUGGUCUGUAGGGAGCUUGGCUGUGGGGCUCCUUCAGUCCUCCAGGGGGCGCUCUAUGGAGAAGUGGAGGCUCCAAUGUGGACCAAAGAGUUCCAGUGUGGAGGCCAAGAGUCUGCUCUCCUGGACUGUAGAAGCUCAGGCUCAGCUAGAACCACCUGCUCACCUGGUAAAGCUGUUGGACUCACCUGCUCAGAGCCUGUCAGGUUGGUGGGAGGAGCCAGUCGCUGUGCAGGUACACUGCAGGUGAAACUAGGAGAUUGGAGACCAGUGGCUGACUCUGACUGGACCCUGAAGGCAGCAGCUGUAGUCUGUAGAGAGCUGGACUGUGGAACUGCUGUUUCAUAUAGAAGCAGAAAGGAGUCCUCGGAGAGGUUUGUAGGGAGGAUCAACUCUGGCUGUGUUCAGUCUGGACAUGCCCUGAAGGGAUGUGUAUAUUUUAGUCCCUCUUCCUCCAUCCUGGAAAUCACCUGUUCAGUGAGGGUGAACUGGGAACAUCUGGCAGAGGACCCUGUCCAUGAAAUCUUCAACUCCCACCUCUGGAAGCACUUUUCACACAUCCCGGGUGAGGUCGGGGACAUAGAGUCCAAAUGGACUAUGUUCAAGGCCUCCAUUGUGGAGGUGACAGCUGGGAACUGUGGGCAGAAGGUCAUUGGGAGGAAGCUGAGCAAGCGGGCAAAGCUCUCUAUUUACCAGUCGAUCUACGUCCCGACCUUCAUCUUUGACUCUGUCAGGCUGGUGAAUGGGACCAGUCUGUGUUCAGGCAGACUGGAGGUGAAGACUCACCAGUCUAACCAGUGGUGGUCCUCAGUGUGUAAAGCUGACUUUGACCUGCAGGAUGCAGAGGUGGUCUGUAGGGAGCUUGGCUGUGGGGCUCCUUCAGUCCUCCAGGGGGCGCUCUAUGGAGAAGUGGAGGCUCCAAUGUGGACCAAAGAGUUCCAGUGUGGAGGCCAAGAGUCUGCUCUCCUGGACUGUAGAAGCUCAGGCUCAGCUAGAACCACCUGCUCACCUGGUAAAGCUGUUGGACUCACCUGCUCAGAGCCAUUCAGGUUGGUGGGACGAGCCAGUCGCUGUGCAGGUACACUGGAGAUGAAACUAGGAGAGUGGAGACCAGUGGCUGACUCUGACUGGACCCUGAAGGACGCAGCUGUAGUCUGUAGACAGCUGGACUGUGGAACUGCUGUUUCAUAUAGAAGCAGAAAGGAGUCCUCAGAGAGGUCUGUAUGGAGGAUGAGCCCUCGCUGUGUUCAAUCUGGAUAUGCUCUGAAGGAUUGUUCAUCAUCUAGUUCCUCUUCCUCCAUCCUGGAAAUCAUCUGUUCAGACUCUGUCAGGCUGGUGAAUGGGACCAGUCUGUGUUCAGGCAGACUGGAGGUGAAGACUCACCAGUCUAACCAGUGGUGGUCCUCAGUGUGUGAAGCUGACUUUGACCUGCAGGAUGCAGAGGUGGUCUGUAGGGAGCUUGGCUGUGGGGCUCCUUCAGUCCUCCAGGGGGCGCUCUAUGGAGAAGUGGAGGCUCCAGUGUGGACCAAAGAGUUCCAGUGUGGAGGCCAAGAGUCUGCUCUCCUGGACUGUAGAAGCUCAGGCUCAGCUAGAACCACCUGCUCACCUGGUAAAGCUGUUGGACUCACCUGCUCAGAGCCUGUCAGGUUGGUGGGAGGAGCCAGUCGCUGUGCAGGUACACUGCAGGUGAAACGAGGAGAGUGGAGACCAGUGGAUGACUCUGACUGGAACCUGAAGGAUGCAGCUGUAGUCUGUAGAGAGCUGGACUGUGGAACUGCUGUUUCAUAUAGAAGCAGAAAGAAGUCCUCAGAGAGGUCUGCAUGGAGUAUCAGCUCUGACUGUGUUCAGUCUGGAUAUGCUCUGAAGGAUUGUUCAUCAUCACGUUCCUCUUCCACCAUCCUGGAAAUCAUCUGUUCAGACUCUGUCAGGCUGGUGAAUGGGACCAGUCUGUGUUCAGGCAGACUGGAGGUGAAGACUCACCAGUCUAACCAGUGGUGGUCCUCAGUGUGUGAAGCUGACUUUGACCUGCAGGAUGCAGAGGUGGUCUGUAGGGAGCUUGGCUGUGGGGCUCCUUCAGUCCUCCAGGGGGCGCUCUAUGGAGAAGUGGAGGCUCCAAUGUGGACCAAAGAGUUCCAGUGUGGAGGCCAAGAGUCUGCUCUCCUGGACUGUAGAAGCUCAGGCUCAGCUAGAACCACCUGCUCACCUGGUAAAGCUGUUGGACUCACCUGCUCAGGUAGAAGUGGAGCUGCAGCUUUGAUUUGCUUCAUUUCUGUUCUAAUCAAACUCACUUUACUUGUUUUACUGAUGACUCUCUUCUUUGUGUUCAGAGCCUGUCAGGUUGGUGGGACGAGCCAGUCGCUGUGCAGUGUGACAGACAGCUUUCCACAGCAGGAGGUUCAGCCAAUCAUCUCUCUGUUUACAGACCUGCUGGUUCAGCCAGUCAUCUCACUGUCCUCCUCCAUGGACGGGGUCUCCAAGGCCCAGCAGCAGGGGUAUUCAGGUGUGUUCAGGGGCUUCAACUUCACCAUCAGCUGCUCCAUCCAGCCACAGUACCCAGGAGGCUUCUUCCAGCUCACCUUCACCUCCUCCAACACAACGCACAACUACACCCUGUCAGCUGUCAAUCACUCUGCCCACUUCCUGUUUCCUGCUGCAGAGCCCGCCCACCAAGGAGACUACACCUGUGUUUAUCACGUCUAUGUGUUUUCUCAUAACUUCUCCUCUGAGAGCCGUCGGCUGUCCCUCACUGUCUCAGGUGAGCUGAAGCACAGAGUCCAGCUCAGACACCAGGUCCGACACAUGGAAUUAUGGGACCUGAAGUAA